ACUUCCAGAGUCUCCCUGAUCAGAUGAGGAGCCCCUUUAUCACUCUCAUAUCCUCCAGUGAGUGUGUAUAUAUAUGUGGGUGUGCUGCUUACACAGCCUCCCAGACAGCAGCAGCAGGUUGAUACACACAAAGACAGUUCCUGGUGCAGAAGCUCUUUUGGAGAACUUUGAGCAUUUCUCUCCUACAGCACAGUCUACUACACAGAGAAAAGAUGACUACACCAGCUAGCCGUCUCCUGAUUGGCCUGAUGUGUCAGGUAACCUGCACGUGGGCCUUCGCUCGCCUGCCCGAGGAUGCAGAACUGCGUUCUGCCUUUUCAGUGGCACGCACCAGCAGCAUGGAGGGUGGACCAAAGAUGGUGGUGACCUUUGACAAGGAGUAUGUUAACAUCGGUGGGGACUUUGAUCCAAAGGCAGGCAUGUUCCGCUGCCGCAUCCCCGGAGCAUACUACUUCUCCUUCACAGUGGGGAAGUUCCCCAGUCGUGACCUGUCAGUCAUGCUAAUGAAGAACAGGAAUGAAGUGCAGGCCAUUGUGUAUGAUGAGAAUGCGGGAGAGGAGCGUAAGGUUCAGAGCCAAAGCGCCAUGCUGCAGCUGGACUUUGGUGACACAGUCUGGCUCCGCCUUCACGGUGAUCCCCGCUAUGCCAUCUACAGCAACACAGGUCACUACACCACCUUUAACGGCUACCUAAUCUACCCUGACACCUACACCUUCCAAGACCGCAAGCACGAGGACCCAACUCCCAUGUAUAGAAACAAGGCGAAUGCCAAUGACCACACCCUAACAGACCAGGAUGGGCUGGGAGAAAGGGACAACGUUGAGAAGAGAGAGGAGGUAGAGGAUAAAGAGGAGGACCAGAGGUCAGCCUUCUCCGUUGGCCGCACUCAGAGCAUCGUAGGGGUGGACCAGGGCUUCACAGAGCACCGUCCUAUCUCCUUUGACACAGACUUUGUCAACAUUGGCGCUGACUUUAACGUCACCGAAGGUGUAUUCACCUGCCGUAUUCCAGGAGCCUACUUCUUCUCCUUCAAUGCUGGCAAGCUUCCCCAUAAAACCCUGUCAAUCAAGCUGAUGAAGAACCACCUGGAGGUGCAGGCCAUGAUCUACGAUGACAGUGACACUGAGAAGGCUCUGCAGAGCCAAAGUCUGAUGCUGUCUCUGCGCCGUGGUGAUAUCGUCUGGCUUUAUAGCCACCAGCGCGAUGGCUUUGGAGCAUACAGCAACCAUGCCAAGUAUAUAACCUUCACUGGCUUCCUGGUCUAUCCAGAAAUACAAAAACUAGCCACCAAUCAGCAGUAACAGCAGAGCCGGAAGCCAUAAGGGACAGUGUCAGGAACACAGUUGGCUGUGGACCUACUACACUCAAUUAUUCUAUGUCCAGCUAAUUCUUUCAAUGGGUUUACUUUGUCAAACUCCAACUUGCAGUCUUGAAUUAAUGAACAUGUACACGUACUAGCAUUUUUGCUAUUUUCAGGAUAUGAUGUCUCAGUUAAUACUUAUCUGGAUUUUUUAACAUACCUUUAUCAAUGUCUUGAAAGGCAUUGUCAAAUAAUGGGGACACUUGUUUUGUGUCAAAUUUAGUAUUUUUCCUUCAUUUUAGAGUGAGUUUCUGAUAAGGCCAGUGUCAGAUCACAAUGAAAUAAAAUGGCAUUUUGAACCAAAAAGCAUGACCAACACUUAGAAUAAAUGUCCUGUUACAGUGCAGGGCUGUCCAUUGGACCAAUACAGACACCAUACUCAUCCUUGUUGUAGCUUGAAAUCUGCUAGUUUUGGACCUUGGGGCACCAGGCUCAUAAUUUGAUUUCUAACUUAGCAGAGUUUAAUUUAUUUCCUCAGCUGGUGACCGCUGUGGAGAAAAUUGAAUUGCCUAUAUCAUCCCUUAUGAUAAACGUGCCGGUUUAAUUCACACACCCUGAGAGAGACAAAUGCUGUUAAAAUUGUGCCAGGCUUCAGCAAAUUACAGUCUGUUUGAGAGGUCAUUUAAACAACAUAUAAAAAUAGCAUAUAGUCCAAUUAUAAUGUUAAUUUUACUCUCCAGCAAAUACUGUAUUUUGAUUCUCCACGUCACAUCCUGAUCUGUUUCACCUGUUUUAUGCUUGUCUCCACCCCCCACCAGGUCUCUCCCAUUUGUCCCCAUUACCCCCUGUGUAUUUAUACAAGUGUUCUCUGUUUGUCUGUUGUCAGUUAGUCUUGUCAGCGUGUUUUUCCCUGUUUGAGUCGCUGUUUUCUAGUCUUCCCGGUUCUGACUGCUCUGACCCUGCCUGCCGUUCUGUACCUCAUUGACUCUGCCCUGGAUUACUGACCUCUACCUGCCCCCUUGUAUAAUAAAUAUUAUGAGAACUGUACUAUCCGCCUCCUGUGUCUGCAUCUGGGUCAUAUCCUGAGUUGUGUGGGACUAUUGGGUUAUGUACACCAUCUCUGGGUAGUGUUCCUUUUUUAGUUUGAAUUAGCAUCUUAUGAAAAGGAAUAAACACAAUGUGACACUUACUGAAUAAUGAGAGACUAUUUCAGUAAUACUUAGUCCCCCUAUUAAUGGUCAUCUACUAUGCGAAUAGCAGGUUGAUUUUUGCCAUGAAUCUUGCCCUGGAGGCAGAACUGAGCCAUUUCCGCUAGCUGCAGUCAAAAUGUCAUUUAUGGUCUUAAUUUAAGGUUAGGCAUUAGGGCUAGCAAUGUAGUUAAGGUUGUUUAAAAUCAGAUUUGAUGACUUUGUGGCUGUGCCAGCUAGUGACCACUCAGCAGAGCUGCCAACAGAACAAGAUUCAUGGAGAAAAAUACUUACCUGCCUGUGAUUGCGGUGUCAUGCAUAUACUCACUCCUGCGGUGCUGCCCUCACACAACCUACUUUUGGAGCACAUCCUUCGUCACACUCUUGACUCCCUAAUGCCCAAGUGUCACUAAUCGUGGCGACUUUUGUACCCUGAGGGUGGAAUGACUUUUUCAAAACAGCGAAUUGAAAAUUAUGAAACGGAUUAAUAAUUUUUCCAUUUGUAUGGGAAAAUUGUAGUUUAGCAUUUGCUUUGUAGUUCUAAUUUCAAUCAUUAUGUGCAUGGACUGCAGUAGGAAAUAGUCAUCGAGUUGAGUGGACCAAAUUUGUAUAACAGCUUUAAUUAUAUUUAACCACUAGCAAGCCAUCAGAGACUCUGGGUUCGCACCCAGGCUCUGUCGUAACCGGAAGGGCCGUGGGGCGACGCACAAUUUGCCUAGCGUCGUCCGGGUUAGGGAGGGCUUGGCCAAUAGGGAUGUCCUUGUCUCAUCGCGCACCAGCGACUCCUGUGGCGGGCCGGGCGCAGUGGGCGCUAACCAAGGUUGCCAGGUGCUUCCUCCGACACAUUGGUGCGGCUGGCUUCCGGGUUGGAGGCGCACUGUGUUAAGAAGCAGUGCGGCUUGCUUGGGUUGUGUAUCGGAGGACGCAUGACUUUCAACCUUCGUCUCCCCCGAGCCCGUACGGGAGUUGUAGCGAUGAGACAAGAUAGUAGCUACUAAACAAUUGGAUAGGACGAAAUUGGGGAGAAAAAGCGGUAAAAUAAAAUACAAUUUAAAAUACACUAGCAUGGUACACUAAAAUACACUAGCAUGACAACUUUUGAGAGUGUAAGGAACCCACAAAAAAUAUUUUAGAGCUCAGUGAGAUCAAUUUCCAGAGAGAUAACAGGCAUUAUGAUAUUGGGAAUGGAGUCUUAAGAGAAUUUUGACUAAUAAUUUCAUGCAUGCUGUCAUGGAGAAUAAUCAGCUAACAGCUUUGAAGAUCUUCUUUGUAAUGAGACUGUAAUUCUAUCCAUAACUUUUUGUGUUGAAAAUAACAGUAUUGUAAGUGGUACAUUGGUGACCUGUGCUUAUAUCUUUGUCCUUGCAAAGGAAUGAUUGUGAACUGCAUAAAAUUUUGCCCUGGGUACAUUCAACCCAUGUGUUAGUCGUCUGCUUCUUGAGAUGUUAAAAAUACUUCUUAUACAAUGGAUGCUUUGGAACAUGUGAAGCAGAAUAAAUAAAAGUUAAUGUA